AUGGCUGCUUAUGAAGCUCUUUACGAAAGAAGAGGCAGAUCUCCUAUUGCAUGGUUUGAAGUUGGUGAAGCUAGGUUGGUAGGACCUGAUUUAGUUCAUCAGGCUAUGGAGAAGGUGAAAGUGAUUCAAGAGAGGUUGAAAACGGCGCAGAGUCAACAAAAAUCCUACACUGAUAAGAAGUCAAUGGACAAUCCUUCAUUGAUCAUACCAACUGAAGCUAUUGAGAUCAAGGAUAGAGUAUCUUACGAGGAGAUUCCUGUUCAGAUACUAGAUUGCCAAGUUCGCAAGUUUAGGAAUAAGGAAGUAGCAUUAGUCAAAGUUCAUUGGAGGAACUAG